AUGGGAGAUUUAUGGUUGUGCCUGCUCCUGCCGCUAUCCCUGGCAGCCUUCCGUGGGGUCACAGCCUGCUUGGAAUGUGACCCUAAAUUCGUAGAGCAUAUUAAGUCCUUGCUGGCAAAUCUGGUACCCUCAGAGGUCCCUGGCCGAACACAUCUUCUUGAACGGCAGAUUAAGGAGAUGAUCAAUUUAAGCUUCAAGGUCUCCCACAGGAAGAAGAUGCUGCGGGUGUUGGCUGUUCAAAAGGUUGUCAGUUUGAGAACAUGGCUGAAGAACGAACUUUAUAAACUGGGCAAUGAAACAUGGAAAGGUGCUUUAAUACUUCAAGGCAAGCUUCUCGAUGUCCGCCAAAACUUGGAAUCCAAACUGAAAGGAAUAUUAAAGAACUUCUCUGAAGUUGCGUGUUCUGAAGAUUGUGUCGUGACUGAAGGUCCCACCUUGGAUUGUUGGACCUGUCUUCGCAUCACCACUCAGUGCUUCAAAGGAGAGUAUUGUGGAGACGAGGAUUCAAGGAAGACUGAAAAUCGAGAAAUUGCACUAUUUCUGAUAUUGCUCGCAGAAGCUGUGAUUUUGGGAAGUGCUCUGUUACUAUUCUAUAUUUGUGUUACUCAUCGGAAGAAAAUGAAGGCAAUUACGAAGGUCAUUAAAGAAAUACUUGGAGCAGAAACUUGA